ACGUCAUGCGAACCCCCUGCUGUGUUUUACGCUUGAAGCAGAGUGUGAGUGGAGGAAGAAGGGCAGCCUAGGGCAACUUUCAGAGCCGAACAACACGAAAAUAUCCUCUCUUCCUACUCGAAAAUGCCUCAAAUAACGAGCGAAGAUGCCGAACGAGAUUCUCAACCGACAGCCGACCAGAACGACCCCGGAGAAACGGCAGAAACCGGCGAGGAGGGACAGGCCGUUCCGCCGGACCCCAAACAACGGGAACCGGGCGACAACAACGAGAACACAGCAGGAAUGGACGUGGACGGUGCUGCUACUGAGGACAACCCGUGUUCUGAUCGCAAACAAAACGCUCUACCGAGCGAAAACACGGACAAAGAUGAGGCUGAACCCGGUUGUGAACUCUCUGACCCAGGGAAAAGUCCCGUGCAGGGCAGUUUGGCGAGCAGCACCGAUUAUUCCGCACAAGAGGAGCUGAAACCAGAACAAAGAGGAGGGGAGAGCGUGUCCUCCUCACCGCCCGCAGACCGCACAAAGACCGCGGAGAGAGCCGAGCACGGCACCAAGAGGACGGCCAGCGUGGAGCUCACCUCGUCGGAUGGAGAGCCGUUGAGCCGGAUGGAUUCAGAGGACAGUAUCAGCAGCACCCUUAUGGACAUGGAGAGCACGGCAUCCAGCGGUCGCUCAACCCCUGCGAUGCUGAACGGUCAUGGCGGGGGUUCUGUAGCAGGGAGCGGGUCGGCGCCGGCGGGUGGAAAGUCUCUGAGCUACACGUGCUGCUGGGAUCACUGCCAGCUUCUGUUCCCUAGCAGCCCCGACCUGGCUGAACACAUCCGAGCCACACAUGUGGACGGACAGAGAGGAGGGGUGUUUGUGUGUCUGUGGAAAGGCUGUAAAGUGUACAACACACCAUCCACCAGUCAGAGCUGGCUGCAGAGACACAUGCUUACGCACAGCGGGGACAAGCCAUUCAAGUGUGUGGUUGGGGGCUGCAACGCCACAUUUGCCUCUCAGGGGGGGCUUGCCCGUCACGUUCCCACCCACUUCAGCUCCCAGGGUUCAUCCAAAUUGUCCAGUCAGGGCAAAAUGAAGGAGGAGUCUCCGUCCAAGGCCGGCCUGAACAAGAGGAGGAAACUCAAGAACAAAUACAAACGCUCCCUCCCUCGACCUCAUGACUUCUUUGACGCCCAGACGAUGGACGCCAUCCGCCACCGAGCAAUCUGCCUGAACCUGGCAACGCACAUCGAGAGCCUCGGCAACGGACACAGCGUGGUCUUCCACAGCACGGUAAUAGCGAGGAGGAAAGAGGACUCUGGGAAAGUGAAGGUCUUGUUACACUGGACGCCUGAGGACAUACUGCCGGACGUUUGGGUGAACGAGAGCGACAGACUGCAGCAGAAGACAAAGGUGGUUCAUCUGUCCAAGCUGCCCACAGACACGGCUGUGCUCCUGGACCCCAACAUCUACAGGAUGUUCUUUUAACCCCCGCCUGAAGAUCAUCAUCGCUUCUUGUGAAUCCAUCGUCGCUGAUGAGAAUCGGCUCCAUCGCUGCCUUCCUUUCCCCUUCUGUCUCCCAGAGGAUGCUGGGAGCUUAGUGGCUCAUUCAUGGUGGCUCUCUGAGGCCCCAGCGUUGUCUCCUUUAGGUGCUGAGUAUACUGAGGACGUGUUGCUCGUUUUAGGAAACACAACUAGACUGAAAACUAACGUACAGAGCUGUAGACAGUUAGACCCACGUAGAGAGAAGCUGUCUUUGUAAAUACUGAGAUUUGUAAUAUAUUUUUAUACUUUGAUAUUUUUUACUGGACUGUAGAUAGAUGUCCUUUUUUCAGCCAAACUUUUUAAAAUAGAUGUUUAAAAAUGAUGAUAUUGAUCAUGUGCAUAUAGCUGGCAUUGCUCUGGUUUGAUGUCAUUAAAGUUUUUAAAAUCAA